GGCUCGUGUUCGGUCGCCGGCGACGAGCUGCUGGUGGCGACCGCCCGCUGUCGGCGUGGAGCGGGUUAACCCUGCCGAGAGAUGAGGACGGCAGCGCCGGGCCGCCUCCGUGAGCCGCAGCGCGUGCCUCGUAAGCAACAGAUGCGGGUGAAAGAUCCAUCAAGAACCAACCCUGAGAAGUCGAAGAGAAGCAAAAGGCCUAACAGGCCACAGGAUGAGGACUCUUCAGAUGAUAUUUCAGGGUUAACCUGCCAGCACGUGAGCCAGGCAGUGGAUGUGCAUCAUGUGAAGAGAGCGGUGGCUCAGAGCGUGUGGUCAGUCUGUGCAGAAUGCCUGAAGGAGAGGCGGAUGAGCGAUGGUGAGCCCGUGGCACCCUCAGACAUCUGGCUGUGUCUCAAAUGUGGCUCUCAGGGAUGUAGUAAAAAUUCGGAAGGCCAGCAUUCUCUGAAACACUUCCAAAGUGCCCGCACAGAACCUCAUUGCAUCGUUAUCAACCUCAGCACAUGGAUCAUAUGGUGUUACGAAUGUGAUGAAGAGCUGUCAACACAUUGCAACAAAAAGGUUCUGGCUCAGAUAGUUGACUUCCUUCAAAAACAUGGUGCUAGGGCUGAACCAAGUUCAUCAAAAAUCAUACGUCUUCGUGAAGAAAACAGUGAAACAAGUGAAAUACUGAAAGGAAAAAGCUCUGGUAAUGGUGGAUCAAUUCCAGUUAAAGGAAUAAAUAAUUUAGGAAAUACCUGCUUUUUUAAUGCUGUCAUGCAGAACUUGGCACAGACACAUGUACUAAAUGAACUGAUGUAUGAGAUAAAGGAGAAAGGAACAAAGUUAAAAAUCUGUCAUACUUCGGAUUCUCAAUUGGAUCCUUUGGUGGUAAGCCUGUCCAGCCCAGGACCUUUGACUUCAGCAAUGUUCUUGUUCCUUCACAGCAUGAGGGAGGCUGGAAAAGGUCCUCUGUCUCCCAAAGUGCUGUUCAGCCAGCUUUGUCAAAAGGCUCCUCGAUUUAAGGGGUUCCAGCAGCAGGACAGCCAGGAGCUUUUGCACUAUCUGUUGGAUGCAAUCAGGAUUGAGGAGACAAAACGUAUACAAACUGGUAUCUUAAAAGCAUUCAAUAACCCAACUACUAAAACAGCAGAUGAAGAAACUAGAAGAAAAGUCAAAGCAUAUGGAAGAGAGGGUGUGAAGAUGAACUUCAUAGAUAGGAUCUUUGUUGGUGAAUUGACUAGCACUGUCAUGUGUGAGGAAUGUGAAAAUAUUUCAACAGUAAAAGAGCCUUUCAUUGAUCUUUCACUUCCUAUAAUAGAGGAGAGGGUUGCAAAACCUGUGCCCUUGGGAAGAACAGGUAAAAGUAAAAGUGUACAGGAGGCAGAUCUUGGUCAGUAUAAUUGUUCUUCUAUCGGUACACUGAAUAAUCAACCCAAAAUUGUCAAGAAACACACUUUAACAAAAGAUAAGAAUCAAUUGAACCAUGAGAGACGGCUUGCAAGAAAAGCUUCCUCAAAGGAAGAAGAAAGAAAUCCUGUUAUCAUGCAGGAAAAAGCCAAAAAGCUUGAGCUGGAAGGUAGCUCUGGCAUCCAGUACUCCAAAGACCCCUCUGCGGAGGCGGCUGUCAAUGGAAGCCAGACGGAGGGCAGUGAGAAGGAAGCCAGCCGCUCCGAAAGCAGCUUUGAUGCAGACAGUGAAGCCUCAGAAAGCGAAAGUGCUUCUAAGCAAACAACUUUGAGCCCACCCAGCAGCGUGUCUGGUGUGCAGGUCAACCACUUAAACCUUAAAACGCCUCACAAGCUAAGUGACAGCAAUGAAGAGAUGAUUUCUAGUGCCGUAUCCAAGCUUAGCUUCUGUGAUCCUGUAAAAGAAGAUAAAAAAUCAAGCUGUGGAGAUCCAGCAUUAGGUUUAUCUAAUAAUUCCAUGUUCUCAGUAGGCAAAUCCUCACUAUCCCAAAACCCUCAAAAUGCUUUCCAGACACUUUCCCAAAGCUACAUAACUAGCUCAAAGGAAUGUUCUGUUCAGUCCUGCCUUUACCAGUUCACCUCUGUGGAGCUCUUAAUGGGGAACAACAAGCUUUUAUGUGAGAGCUGCACAGAAAGAAAACAGAAGUAUCAGAGGAAAACCAACUCAACAGAAAAGAAAAUGGAUGGUGUCUAUACAAAUGCUCGGAAACAGCUGCUGAUUUCAUCCGUUCCUGCUAUUCUUAUUCUCCACCUGAAAAGAUUCCACCAGGCUGGUUUGAGUCUACGGAAAGUAAACAGGCAUGUGGAUUUCCCAUUGAUUUUAGACUUAGCACCAUUUUGUGCUGCAUCUUGCAAGAAUGUUAUGGAUGGUGCAAGAGUGCUGUAUAGUCUUUAUGGAAUAGUGGAACACAGUGGCUCAAUGAGAGGUGGUCAUUAUGCGGCGUAUGUGAAAGUCAGGACAUCCUCCAAGAAAUUGCUAGAGCAUAUUUCUACCACUAAAACUGUUCUAGGUUUAAAAGAAGCCAUGGGAGCAUCAGGAGGACAGUGGGUGUACGUUAGUGAUGCCCAUGUUCAGAUGGUUCCAGAAUCAAGAGUACUAAAUGCACAAGCAUAUCUACUUUUUUAUGAAAGAUUAUUAUUAUAAUUCUUAACAGUUUAAUUUCAAAGAUGAUAGUGUUAUUUAGUUUAUAUUAUUUAAAGCUGCAGUGGUAAGAUAUCUGUAAAUAUUGUGCCUUUAUCUUGUAGAGAAUUUAUCAUAUUUUGACUCUGAAAUUCAGUUAAGCUAUUAUAAAUAUCUGAAUAAUUCUCUCAAAGUAUGCACUUUGCCAAACAUGUAAAAUUCCUGGGUUCAUUAAAAUGCAGUUAGAAUGUAAGAUGAUGUCCUAUCCUACUGAGGUCUACAGGGAGUUUGGUUUUGAUUAUAAUAAAGAUAAGCUUUUGCCCAUAGUUCUAGAACAGUUGAGAAUAGAAAUACUGAUAGCGCUAAGUGCCUGGAUUUGCUGGUGUACAGUAACAAUACAAAGUGUUCAACUUCUUUUGAUCUAGUCCAAACCCUUCCCAUGACUGGGUUGGAUGUCAGCUGUUAAGAUUUCUGCAAACAAGAGCCUGUCAAAUAGUGUCGCUUCCAUGUUCAGUAAUUGGAAAGCAGAGUCCUUCCAGAGUGGAGUAACAGCUGUCUCUGCGUAAUGCUUCAGUGCACUUUCCUGAUAAGAGCUGGGAAUAGAUUGGGAAAACAUGGCUUCUAAAUAGUGACAGUGAAUCCUCAGAUACCCAGUACCCUUUUAGCUGUCUCCAACUGGCACUGGUAUAGCAAUGUACUCCUGUUUCAAUACAAAUAUGUAUUUGGUGUGCAUAAGUAUAUCCUCCGAGAUACAUACACACACCAUAAAUCAUCAAUAGAUAUUGUCAUUUUACCUUCUAGGAAAGACAAUUGCAAAUAAUUUCUGUAUUCAGUAAUUUUUCAACUUCACAAUUAUGACAAUGUACAGCAUAUAAGCUUGUGUAUGUACAGAGUUUAGGCAUAAUUCAGUAAAUUCUGUUACUUUUGGUUCCAAACAUGAACUUGUUUAUCUGUUCCUGAAUACUUUUCUCACAGGAGUAAUAAACUAUAAAUUAUUUUUGCA